GGCGCUGCCCUCCUCUGUGGAUCAGGGCGGUGGCCUCCCGACUCCGAGCUGGGAGAGAACUCCCCUAGAGUCGGCCGGCUCAUCCCUCUCAUUUUUACAGAUAAGGAAACUGAGGCUCGGGGAGGAAGCUGCCUCCCCCUGUCCUGCGUGGACCAAGUGCGUGAGUGAGCAAGCCAGAGCGCCGGCUGUCACGGUCACGGCCACAGCCACGGCCACGGACAUCCCCCCUCACCCCCCAUUGCAGGCCUGGAUGGAACAGCUGGAGAAGGAGGCCAUGCUGAGUGAGCGGAGAUAUGAAGGCUCAUUCACAUCCACCCUAAAAACUCUUCUGGUUUUCUCGGCUUUAAUGAUCACCUUGCCCAUUGGAUUAUAUUUCUCGUCCAAAUCCUACGUGUUUGAAGGUACUCUGGGCAUGUCUAACAGAGACAGCUAUUUCUAUGCCGCGAUUGUUGCUGUAGUUGCUGUUCACCUGGUACUUGCGCUCUUCGUGUACUUUGCCUGGAAUGAAGGCUCCCGCCAAUGGCGGGAAGGCAAACAAGACUGACGGGAUCACCCCCUUUUGAUAAUGCAUAGAAUAAGAAAAUAGGUGCACAGUACAUUUAUGAUUAGGCUGAAAUGCAGGAAAUUGCUUACAGCUUUCCAUCUAAGCAGUCAUGCUCUUUUACAGUAUAGUAGUUUGUGAAAUCAAUGUCAUUUUCACUCUUUAUUUCGGAAGAAAAAGUUAGAAAGUCAAUUAGCUGGAAUUGAAAGGCAAAGAAUUCCACCAUUUCACAAGGAAAAUAUAUUUGCAGUGUUUUGUUGUAUUGAAUGCAAAAUUGUCUCUGACACAAGCAGGUUUUAUCAAGCAUAUUAAACUGCAUUUUACACUCGAAAUGAGUAAAAACUGUUUAGGCCAUUA